AAAAUAUAAAGAGGCCACAUGAUGUGAGUAAUUUCCUAAUGUUGAAACAAAAUUCUUAGAAAGAACAGGACAAGAGAAGAAACAAAUAGAAAUUUGAUAAAAGCAAAAAGAUAAUUGUCAAAGCCAAAGAGACUGAAAAAGAGCAGAUGGUAUCAAAAAACAAUGUUGAAUCAGCCAGUGCCAAUCAGAAUGGCAUCAACAGUGAAAAUGCCAGAAAUAUCAAUAGUCAAUCACUAGAAUACAGAUGUUGCAACACGAGACCUGCUAUUCUGCAAUGCAUCAACAAUAUCAAAUGGGUUGUAUUUUUCUUCUGUCUGGCACACUGCCUACAAAAUGCAACAAAUGGAUUGCUUGGUGUCACUAUUUCAACUCUUCAAAAGAGAUUUGGUUUUUCUAGUCUUGAAUGUUCCAUCUUAGCAAGUGCCUACGAGAUGGGACAGGUGCCAGCUGUAAUUUGUAUCAUCUUAUUCGGACAGAGAUUGCACCGUCCACUAGCCAUAGGAUGUGGCAUGUUGUUGGUGGCCCUCGGGUGCUUCCUGCAGUUUCUUCCACAAUUUUUUACAACACCAUAUCUACCAAUGCAACAGAUAGAAAGCGAACCUCAUUUUCUCAGUUCCAACCUAUCAGAAACUGGCAGAGGAGGUUUGUGCUCAUCAGAAGAACAACCAUCCGACGAGGAUUGCCAGCGGGACACCAACGAAUACAAGGGGUUCCUUUUCAUGUUCCUGAUUGGAAGAUUUCUUGUUGGAGUUGGAUCAACUCCGAUUGUAACUGUUGGUCUGACUUACAUCAAUGACUGCACCACUAAGGAACAGUUCGCUUUAUUUUCUGGCAUCUUCAAUUCGAUGAGCAUCGUUGGACCGGCUGCUGGAGUUUUGUGCGCCAGUCUCAUGCUCGGCCAGUUCGUCGAUUUCUACAGGGUCGACUCCGAUGUGGCCAGUCUUGGGAUCACUAGUGACGAUGCGAGGUGGAUUGGCAACUGGUGGAUGAGUUACUUGUUUCUCAUGUUUUUCUGCCUCUUCUGCGCCAUUCCAACCUUGGGAUACGCUAACGAUCUUCCUGGAGCACAGGAAAUACGCAAAAGUCGCGUGUCGGAGGCCCACACGACAAGCAAGCCAUCUAAGUCUGCAACUGACCCUUACUCAAAAGGAAAGGUCGAUGAAGAGGAAAAAUCCUUGAGAAUCGUCUUGAGUUUGCUCUGCAAUCCAACAUUCCUGCUCGUCUGCGUCUUCAACUUCUGUGACAUGUUCUUCGUUGUGGGGUUCAAUGCUUUUGGUCCGAAGAUCUUUGAGAAUUUUUUUCACAUGCAACCAAGUUUUGCUGGUCUCUUGUUUGGUGCCGUUCUCUUGCCUUCCGGAGCAAUAGGGACGAUACUCGGUGGCUUCCUCAUCAGCCACUUCAAGAUGACGUCGAGGAUGAUGAUAAGAGUGCAGCUCGUUCUUUCCGCCGUCGUCGUCGUCACCUUACCAAUUGUGCUGGUCAACUGCUCAAACAUAUCAUUCGCCGGAGUCACCAGGCCACUCAUGUCCAGUGACGACAAUAUACAGAUGACAGGAGAAUGUAACAGAGAUUGCCACUGCGAGGGCAUCAACUUCCAACCUGUGUGCAGUCAGUCGCAGGUUCAGUACUUCUCUCCGUGUCAUGCUGGCUGUUCCAGCAAAAUACACAAUCCCGAAACAAAUAUAUACGAGUACCACAAGUGCGCCUGCAUCAGUGAAAGUGUUGGUAACUAUUUGAACACUAGCAGCAGUUACAACUUGACCAACAAACAAGAAGGCACUUCCGACAACAUCUCUGCCUUAGUAGACAUUGAGGCAUUCGGCAAAUCGUGUGACCUGCAUAUAUGUAGCAAGGCAUUCAUUUUCAUGCCCAUCUUUGCAGUGACCGUUUGCAUCGUCUUCAUCUGCUUCACCAUGAAUACCGCCAUCAUGUUCAGGUUAGUGACUGCUAUGGCUGCUAAUGCUGUCCAUAAUAAGCUAAUCAUGCUGCUCCUGGUUAACUAUUUUACAGUUCAAUUUGUAAAUUUAAUGGGGAAAAAAUUUGCAAAUUGUAAAGAACACAGAAGAUGAAAUCUGCCGAUAGAAUUAAAUUACAAACGUGCAUAUGCAAUGCAUAUGCACUAUUUCAAAGAAUUUCAAGGAAUCAACAAAGUAGAUUAAAGACACGGUAUAUAUAUAUUUGAGCAUCUGGGCACAUACACAACAUAUAAUACCGGAAAAAAGUUUUUUUGUUCUAUCAUACAUAAAAGAAACAAAAAUUUUGGUUUUGAACUAAAGAAACUUGAAAAUAAUUUGCGAUCAAGGUUAGAAAAAAUGAAAAGUUAAAUUAGAAGUGAAGUUAACUAACGCCGAACAUGCUGUGAUUUUCAGCAAUAAUAAUUGCAUUUCUGUCGUUGUCAAGUUUCAAUAAAAUUGUUGAACUGUUGAAUAUUU